GCCGUGGAUUCAGCGAUAUCAACUCGCGUCACUCGGUAAACAAAGCUUCGUCUCAACCGUUCAAAUAAAUCAACAUAUCGCACUAUAUACCAUAUGUCCUGCGAUAAUCGCGUUGGGUGGAUAUCAGUUGUGUAUUCUCGAUAUAGUGAGACAGAAUGACUUAAGCAACCAAGAACACUCCAUAAGCUAUGGCGUCUUUGUACGGAGUUUUGGGAAGUCUCGGUGUAUUCAUCCGAAGUUUUCUUGGACUAGAAGUACCAAAUGAUGCAGGAGAUUUGGCAAGAGCACCGGAUGAAGGUCAUCUCAUUGAUAAUGCGAAUGUCCUCAAUAUACAUGGUAAUGUGGGGAAAAUUAACAUCACAAACGGCGUUCAAGGAUACACUGGAGAGACAUAUACAGAUGACUCAAGAGCCGACGAUGCGACAGUUGCAAAAUGGCUGGAAGAAGCCAAUGCCAAAACAAUGGCGGAAGUACAGAAUGACGUGACCGUUCUUUUCCCGUUUUUGGCAGAACCUAAAAUUCAGGAAACUCCACAGCUUGUAGAAUUUGACUAUUAUCACGGAUGUGGAUCACUUAUUAAACCCGAGUACACCCCAGAUAUGAGCUUCGGUACAAAAACUCCUCGACAGAUUAUUGGUCAUCAAGUUUUGCUAGAAAAAAUUCAUUCUGGUGUAGGAUGCGAAAACACGCGACACGUAAUGUUGCUAGGAUCCGCUGGUGCGGGUAAAACCACUCUCGUGAAGCGUUACGCAAAAAUUGUUCUCUCGAACCAAGUAGGAAGAUUGAAAGACGUAAAACUUGUCAUAUACAUGGAAUUCAAAAAUCUAUGCUCCGAUGAAAGAAUCACGCCACGUGAAGUUUUUAUGGAUCAUCUUUUUCCGCACCUGGAUGACCAUGAAAAAAGGGCUGCGUUUAACUGGAUGAAAAAGAAUUCAAAAUACAUACUCUUUGCAAUAGAUGGAUUCGACCAAGCUACAUGGAGCCUUGGGGGUUAUCAUCAACGUAUAGGAUAUGAAAGCCGAGCAGAAAUGGCCACAAUAAUAUACAACCUCUUCAAUGGGCAUUUGUUUCCUAAUGCAUGGUUACUUACUUCAUCUCGAGAUCAUGCGAUACAGGAACUGGAAGGAAGUAUUCGACCAAACAAAACUAUUCAGUUGGCAGGAUUAUCCAAACAAUCGGUUGAAAAUCUCGUCAAGGAAUACGGUGGUCCAAAAGGAGACUUAAUUUGGCAAACACUCUCGUCAAUGAAAUCAGGCAUACUUUCAUUCUGCACCAUACCGGUAUUCCUUGUUUUUGCAACUUCGGCGAUUUAUGAACAAGACGAAGCUUCUUUUCGUACAGACACAUUCUCUGGAAUUAUGCUGAAAGUUCUACUCAACCUCAUUCAUUCCCAACAUGCCUAUAAGAGCAACACAAUAAGCAUACUAAGAAAAUUACAGCGGAUGGCAUUCAAAGGCAUGCGCGCGGGGAAAGUGUUAUUCCGCAUCAAUGAUCUGGAAAAAGUUGCAUUGAGAUACGAAGACGUUCAGGAUCUAGUAGUCACAGUUCCCUCUCAAUCCAAGAGCAAAAUAUCACAUAGAUUCGUCGAAGGCAGCAAUGUUAUAUUCUUCUGUCACCAGUCUGUGCAAGAAACGCUGGCAGCACUGCACGUGUGUCAAAUGGGUCCACAAGCAUUUGAAGAAUUUGUCCAUCAUGAUAUGAACAAACCACGUUGGUCAAUUGUUCGUUUACUAGUUUUCGGUUCAAUUUUGCAUCCAGAAACGUCGGCACUCCGACAAGAAAUAUGCGCAGAGAAUGAAGGCCUGUGUGCGUAUGCAGCGCGCCAGAGACGAGAUGUUUUGUUAAAAAAUUUACAAAGCACCAAAACCGUUGAUUUAAAUAUGCUGGCGGUUUUGCAUGAAGCCGGCGAAGGUGCUAACGAGGCUAUUGAAACAUGUGUUGGCAACAUAAACCUCAAUUCUGUUCCACUUACUCUGAGCAAUAUGCACCUUCUAGCAUCCGUUACCCUUCGUCGCUUAGUCAUUCAAGAAUUAAGUUUUCAUGAUUGCGGACUCCACACAGAGCUAUUGGACAAUCUGAUGACAGCUUUGCUGGGAUCUCAGAUAAAGAUCUACAAACUAGACAUGGGUGGCAACGAAUUUUUAACAAAAUCUGGUUUUCGUUCGCUGGGUACAAUUUUAAAACAAUGUUGCGUUGAAUAUCUCAGUCUGGAAGAUUGCAAUUUGAACGCAGAAAAAAUCCAAGCAAUUGUUGAACAAAUGAGUGAUAAAGGAGAAGCAUUGGUUUCGCUAAACGUUUGUUGGAAUCAACACAUGGAUUUUAAAGGGUACGUUGAACUCGGCAACUUCAUUAAAAAGUGCAAAGUGACAAGCAUAUUUAUGCGCCGAUGUGAUAUGGUAGCAAGAGAGCUAGUCGGACUGGCUUUGUCAUUAAAGGAUUCAGGGUGUGUGCUCAAAGUACUAGAUGUCAGUGAAAACUAUACGUUGGAUGCGGAUUGCUGCAGAACUGUUGGAGAGAUUGUAAGCAGACACCAUGUUCAUGCGUUACUAAUGGACGACUGUGGUUUGACUUGGAAAGAAGCACACGGAUUGGAAAGGUCACUCACACGCAAUCGAGCACAGCUCAACAUUUUAAAACUGAACGUCAACAAAGCUCUUGAUUAUCGUGCUUUAUCUUCUGUUGGAACAAUUCUUACGAUAUCCCGCGUUCGAGAAUUACAUCUCAGACAUUGCGAACUCACUCCUGCUGAUUUGCAAGGACUCUUACGGUCCAUGAAUAUUGGUGACCAAAAACUUGUUAUACUGGACAUUGGAUGGAAUUGGUCACUUGGUGAGGAAGGAUGUCGCAUUAUUGGCGAAAUACUUUCUAAAGCCAGAGUGGAACAUCUUGUUAUGGAUAACUGCGAAAUUUCGUCACGUCAGUUACGUGCUUUCCGACAGGCAAUUCAGUACAGAUACACAGAGAUGAAGACGUUGGAUCUUUCAUACAAUCGAUUGCGCCGAGAACAUAUAAACGAAUUUCUAUGCUUCCUUGACAAGAUUGCGGACAAAUUAAAACUAAGCGCAUGCAAAGUUGAAGAUGGUGAUUGGCACACCUUUGCCGAUAUUUUGUCUUCGACAAAUGAGGAUCUUGAUAUUGACUGGAGUCAAGACGGUAUGUAACAAAAUUGAAUAUAGCUAUGCAUUGCUGACAAAAUAUAACCACGUGUUCCAGGAUCUGCGUGGACUAAAUAACCGACAAGAAGACACGAUCAGCGAAGCUGAAUAGUCCUAGUCCAUUCAGUGCAUGCGAUCCGUGUGUUUGCACGAUCUUCAAAUUUGAAUACAUUUUCUGCUCCACCAUCUCAGAUUCUGAUGCAAUAUUUUAUUGUUUUUUUUUGUUCGUUUUAUCAUUACUCGAUUUUGCAAAAUAUAUCAAAAUUUUCUUAUAAACGGUGCACCCUGAUGGCUUACCAGGAGCAAGUUCUUAGCUUUAACGGUGCUCAAAACUGAGUUACCGUAGCUUUUGAAUUCGUAGACGAGCAAAGCUAUUUUUCUUCUUGAAGAGGCUACACUGUGUGGUCUUGAAACGUUUGUGAAAUUGUGUUGAAACUUGGAUUGCAAUACAUAAUA